GUGCUUCACAGCCCUGCACACAAUAAAAGGACUCCCGCCCUGGGAUCUCCAUCCACAGCCUGCUCAGAGCAGCCUCUCUCCUGUAUCCGGAUCGCCGACUCCCGCCGAGAUGUCCUGCCAGCAGAACCAGAAGCAGUGCCAGCCCCCUCCCAAGUGCCCCUCCCCCAAGUGCCCUCCCAAGAGCCCAGCACAGUGUGUGCCCGCCGCCUCCUCCUGCUGCGCUCCCAGCUCCGGGGGCUGCGGCGGGCUCGGCUCCUCCCAGGGCGGCUGCUGCCUGAGGCCCCGCAGCCCCCGCAGGUCCCACAGAUGCCACCGCCAGCGUUCCAGGUCCUGUGACCGCGGCAGUGGACAGCAGUCGGGGGGUCCUGGCUGUGGCCACAGCUCUGGGGGCUGCUGUUAA